CCGCACUCUCCCCAACAAUUAAAAAGCAAUGUAAUUAAACGAGACGUGUUAUUUGAACUCGUGAGAUGGUUUUAAAGUUAAACAAUUAUCGAUUUGUUUGACGUUUGAAUGCACCAAAGGCUGCUUUUAAGAUAAGUGGUUUAGCACACAUUGGGAGCAGUGCAUGGCGAUAGCCUUUAAUGUGAACGCGCGCACGUGCUCAUUAAUGCUUCCGAUUUGGCACUGAACGCCACGGGAUCGUUUUCAAUCGCCGAUUGCGCCCGGCAUUGAGCGCCUUUCAAUGUUGACUUUUGGUUUCACCCUCGCAUCUCAGGCGCUCACCACAGACGUGAGCCGGCGCUGGGAAUCGAACUCAGGACCGCCGGAGUCGCAGUGCAACGCGCUCGUCACUGCCACCACCACCACCACCGCUCCAACCCCGAUCAUUACCGUUGACUCAUCACAGCGCACGUGCGCGCUACUUAUAAAAAUUGCUUUUCAUGAGCGGCCUAUUGUGUAACCAAUCAGCCUGUGCGAAUCACGAAGGCAAUCAGUGGGGGCUUCCCGUUCAUAUUUACGCACGCGAGCGUCGCUGGAGCGGAGGCGCCGUUGGUGCCGCUACCACCCAACAAAUCCGGCCUCAACGCCCCCCCCCCCCCAUUUUGGGACCCUCACCAUUCUUUAAGCCCGAGCGCGUAGCAGCUGAAGGUGGUGGUGGAGAGGAGGAGGAGACGGCACCACUGCGCCAAUGCCACGGGCUGAUCCCGCGUCUCGCGCGCUGUGCCAACACGCACCGCCUCAUCCCCCACCUCCCAUCGGUCGUACAAUGCACGACCUUCAUCGAUCCACUGCUGGAUGAAUAUCCUCUUUUCCCACCACCCCACCCAUCAUUAUGGCCGUGCAAGUUGUGGUUUGGAGGGGAGGGACGGUUUGACCAUACUUCACCAGGCUGUUUAGUGAUCAUUCAUUGAAAGAUAAUGGGGUGCCCGGAAAUUGCAUGUGAAGACUUGCACAGCUUCUAGAUGAAUUCGCUACUGGGUGAAGAUUGCCACCCAGCCACUCAGCCACCCUCGCAACUUGUGGUGAUUAAGGGGGGGGGUUUUGUCUGAUAAUAAUUCACCGCUCUGGUCAAUGAGAAGAGUUGGAGAGAGAAGUGGGAGUGAGGAACUUGCGCGUGCCAGCAGCUGGCCGCGUGUGAUCUUCACACAGCCGUGUUACUUGUUUAAGAAGAUGGGCGAUGGGUUAGCGGCGUGGGGUGGGGGUCGAGGUGAGUGUGUGGGGCGGUGGCUCCUAGGGGGUUCGAGAGGCGGAUAUUGAGAACCUGAGUGCGUCCUCCUCCUCCCGCUCACGACGUGGCCAUCGGCAGACACACCCAGCGAGCACUACGGAGGAGAGACAUUGGGCUCUUCUGUCAGUAUCAUCGUCGUCAUCAUUAACAUCACGAAUGCGCUCUUGAGCAAUAUCAGUGUAGCACCCAGAUAAGUUUUUCGCCUUCGGUGAAUUUGAUCGUCGUCCAGUAGCGAGCUGCUGGUUGUGUUGCACGCAGCGGCGUUGUGUCCCAGAGGAGGAGGAGGAGGAGAGAAGUCGACCAAAGUCACCACGGUCAUCGGGCGCGUCCUGGGCGGCUUCCCCCUCUCUCUACCGGUCACCUAUCCCGGCCCUUUGGGAAAGCAGCGUCAGCGCAGGUUAGCACGAAAUCUCCUCCGCCGACUCGGCCGCCCCCGCUGCCCCCGCCGAUGGCUGGCGGAGGCUUCAGCCCGUGGGACUACUGCGUCUUCGCGGUCAUGCUGCUCGUGUCGACGUCCAUCGGGAUCUUCUACGCGCUGCGCGGUGGCGGCCAGCGCACCACGGGCGACUUCUUCAUGGGCGGGCGGCACCUCAGCGCCCUGCCCGUGGGGCUCUCGCUGUCGGCCAGCUUCAUGUCGGCCGUGCAGGUGCUCGGCGUGCCGGGCGAGGCGUAUCGCUACGGUGCCAAGUUCCUGCAGAUGUGCCUGGGUCAGUCGGUGAACGUCUUCAUCACGGCGUACGUCUUCCUGCCCGUCUUCUACCGCCUGGGCAUCACCAGCACUUAUCAGUACCUGGAAAUGCGCUUCAACAAAGUCGUGCGGCUCUGCGGAACGACCCAGUACAUCGUUGCCACGGUCCUGUACACGGGAGUGGUCAUCUACGCUCCGGCUCUCAUCCUCAAUCAAGUGACGGGUCUCAGCAUCUGGUUCUCCGUUCUCUCGAGUGGAGCAAUCUGCACAUUCUACACAACCAUCGGUGGGAUGAAGGCGGUGGUGUGGACGGACGCCUUCCAGGUGAUGGUGAUGCUGGCCGGGUUCUGGGCCGUCCUGAUCCAGGGCACGAUGGAGGUCGGUGGGAUCUCGACGGCCAUUUCCCGCGUGAACAACGGCUCGCGGAUCAACUUUGGAGACUUUGACCCAGACCCCCGGCGGAGAUACACGUUCUGGACGCUCACGACGGGAGCGACCCUUCUCUGGCUCUCCAUGUACGGCGUCAACCAGGCGCAGGUGCAGCGCUACCUCGCCUGCCGCUCGGAGACGCAGGCCCGCAGGGCCCUGUUUGUGAAUCUGCUGGGGCUGUGGGUGAUCGUAUGCAGUGCCGGCAUGUGCGGCCUUGUCAUGUUCGCCUUGUACAAGGACUGUGACCCGCUGCAGGCCGGCCUUGUGACCGCCCCCGACCAGCUGAUGCCGUAUUUUGUGCUGGAUAUUUUCGAAAACAUUCCCGGCGUUCCGGGGCUCUUCCUGUCCUGCGCGUACUCUGGGACACUGAGCACGGCAUCGACGAGCAUCAACGCACUGGCGGCCGUGACGCUCGAGGACCUCCUGAAGCCCAACGUGAGGGUGCUGCCGGAGAGGAAGCUCGCGCUCAUUUCCAAGGGCCUCUCGUUCUUGUACGGGUCCCUGUGCAUCAUCGUGGCGGCGUUGUCAUCCCUGCUGGGUGGCGGAGUUCUGCAGGCCUCCUUCACCGUGAUGGGCGUCGUGAGCGGCCCUCUGCUCGGGGCCUUCAGCCUCGGCAUCUUUGUUCCGCCGUCCAAUUCCACCGGGGUGCUGGUCGGCCUUGCCGCGGGCUUCGUGGCGUCGCUGUGGAUUUCCGUUGGCGCCUCCAUCUACCCGCCCAGCCUGGCCGGCAUGGGCGCCCUGCCCACCUCCGUGUCGGCGUGCGGUGCCGCUGCCGCCGCCACGUGGCGCCUGCAUGGCGGAUCCGCGAACGCGAGCGCCGCCCCCGACCUGCGCGCCUUCGGGGCCAAUCUCUCCGCGGUGCCGGAGGUCUGUGAUGCCGCCAGGCCCGCCCUGGCGGACAGCUUCUAUGCCAUGUCGUACCUGUACUUCGGGCCGCUGGGCACGGUCGUCACCAUGCUGGUGGGGAUCGCUGUCAGCUACCUCACAGGCCCAACUCGGCGAGAGGACAUUGGGCCAGGCUUGCUGUGGAGCGACCUCUCCUGGCCGUCAAAGAACAAGCUCAAGAAGGACAAACAUUCCCUGGUCUCUCUAAACUCCGAGGAUCUUGACACUGCCCCUCUGGAAAGCACUGGCAGCAAAGGCAGCACGCCAAAGAUGUACUUUCUGGAAGACUCCGACGAUGGUGAACGCGCGGGAAUUGCGACGAGCGCAGGCGAACGAUGUGUACUCGGGAAAGACAAGGUGUUUGGAGAUGUCACAUUCGGUUUGCUGUCCGAGCGCGAAACCAACGUUUGAACGUGUGGUCUCGGUCUGUAUUCGGUCACGCCGCGUGACGUUCGGCAAUGGGUGCGCGCAUGGAAUGUGUAGUCACUUUCUGCGUCAACGAGGUCUGUAGAAUUGGGACAUUUUUUUUUUACCAUUGUUAAAACUUCACCGCAUUAGCAAUAUACUGUACAUGUGUCAACGAUGGCUUGAAAAUAACAGACGAUAACUACGAACACCAAACAUGUAAGAUAUAACGUCUCUGCUGUUCGAUUAACUUGAAGUGAAUUUGCCAAAUGGCUCGUGUGAGCCUAAUGUCCACUGAUUUAGCUCCGCGAGCUGGAAAAUAAAAUCCACUUACACUACAGUUAUACGUUGCCCGUGACCAAGCCAGCCCGGACUAUACCCACGCAUCGCAAAACGCCGACGACAAAAAUCUCGUGCUGCUCGACACUUGCGUGCUCUAUGAAAAAGGGUCAUUGCCAAAAAAAGUCGGCCGUUAAAUCUUUCUCCUUUUUGGGGCAGUGCUUAUUGACGAAUGCGAUCCCCAGAAGCUGAGCAGAAUAGAGCCUGGUUAGCGCUCGAGAGGGCGACCAAGAUGCGUAGCGGGUUGCUCCAAGCUGCGGGGCUACGUGGACAGCGGAGAUCAGCGCAGCACAAUCCAUCGCUGUAACACAUUUUAUGCAUACACAUUUUAUUCUCCCCGCCUUAACCAGCCAGAAAUGACUGGCGGUUCAGUAUGGUCAAAUAAUCCCCGCCCACAUGGCUGGGCGAGGCCCUCAUCUAGCAGUGGAUUGACCUAAGGGCAGCACGUGGUUUACCCUGGAGAUGAACAAGUCUUCCAAAAUCUGAAAUGAAAUGUCUGCAGCGGCUCCAUAGCCAAACGUGGCCAUGGUGUUACCGAUUGCUUAAGAAUUAAGAAAAAACUACAAAUAACUUAACAUUGAUGUUCCCAUUCAAAACUGACUUGUGUAUAAUUAUUUUCCCUUCGUUCAAGCCGCCUGUGAUUGUCUUUUAAACAUAUUCGCCCUUUUUUUCACCAAGUCUGGAGAGGCAGUGAAAGAGAAGCCUAACCAAUCGGGCCUUAACAAAGAGCAUGGGGGUGGUCUUGCAUGGCCUCGCACAGGGUAAAGGCAGAAUCUGGUGACUUGAGAUGGAGGAUGGCCAAAUCAUUGUCCUGGCAUACAGCCCAGGGAUAGCCUUAAUCCAAUUCUUGUUACAAGGAUUAACCUACCUGUACUUGACCACAGCACCGCACCGUGGCAUUAACGAUGGUGCAUCGUAAUAACUGUGUGGAUGAGCUUACUGGCAGAGCCAGCAUUUAUUUGACCCCACGUUUCCGCCCUUGUUUUACUUUCUUAAAUGGAAAUGUAGUGCAGGGCCCUCUGUGUAUACACUGGAUGCUUUUAAGGGCCCAACCGUAGCACUGUAUAGGGGUUGGCUAGGAGAUGUUAACUUCCUCGCCUGGUAUGAAGGAGGUUGUGGGUUCGAUCCCGACCCUUGACGCCUGCUGCUGUAUAUUUGGACUUGGCGUGUUCUCCCUGCGGUCGCGUUGAUUUUUUUUCCCAGAGUUCUCCGGUUUUCCCCUCCACAUUUUGAAUCAACGUCCGUUUAACAGUAUUUGGGCUGCCAUAAAUGUCCACAUAAGCCACUUCGUUAAGUUAUCAAUUGUGGCCAGGUCGCUUCUGAAAAAGAGCUACGUAGCUCAGUGGGGCUUACCUGAUAAAAUAGUUUAGUUAGUAUAUCCAUACCCAGCUAAUAAAUUGUGUAAAGUUACGUUUUAUCGGGCUGGCUUGCACCUACAAAUAAGCAUAUUCAUUUGCAUUUGGCACACGAUCUUACUGAACUUAACAGAUUGUGAAAUGUUUAAAGUCCAAGACUAAACAUUUUUAAGUACUCGUACUGUACAGGUACAUUGUUGCGAUUCUAACUGAGCAUGCGUUUUUUGGACCCAAUGUACUUCACAUUUGUUUAAAGAAAAUAUAACGCCUGUCCGAUGACCACAAGUGCCAUUUCAGAAAAUCCACCAGUGCAUCACACUGGCUUACUUAGCUAAGAGGCUUUUAAAAGUUUACCAUAACAGGAGGCAUUUUUCAGCCUUAACAAUGAUACAACUAUGCAAUGCUGUUUUCAGAAAAUUAAACACUAAAGUGGUCGUAUCCCAUUCGUGGCCUUACAUUUCCUUUUGUAAAAUGUAUUUCUAACAUUAAUAAUCUGCUGUUAUUAUAUUUCUCUCGACCAGGAGACCAUAAGCCAAUUAUAUUUGAAGGAUGUUUCUUAUUGAAAGUUACACUAUCCUGGCAGUCAGCCUAACUUUAAAUCAGUCAUUAGCAUACCUGUGAACGCCUAAUUAGUGCCUACCUUAUUACAGACCAAUUCAGACCUUAUUGGUCACCCCGCGCCCUUAUAAAUCUCAACGUUCAUCCUACAAAGUCCCAUCACAAGGGAGAAACACUUUUCCCCGUAUUGCAAUGGCUGUACGCCAUAUGGACCUGAAAAAUAAAUUUGGACAAGAAUACGGGUGAGCCGUUAUGGGUUGACAGGUAUGUAUUAGAAACUACAGAAUAUGUAAAAUCGUAGGAGUACCACAGUGAACAUCGUUACCUACUGAAAUAUUAUUGGAAUGGUUUCGAUUUAAAGCUUUCGUGACUGCAAGGUCGCGAUCUGAGCGUGGCUGUGUUCGCUCCAGCGCUGUCCUCCAGACAGUCUCGUCCCUUCA